GGCCUUGCCCACUUGACAUGUAUUGGGCCGAAAAGGCCAUCGGUCCACCGAGCCCAGUCGGUGAAUUUCAUCGACCUACAUAUCGUACGACGCCGUGUCUAGCUAUUCGGAUAUAGAGCGAGCAACUCCAUAUCCGUGCCCUAAACCCCUGUCUUCACCGGCGACUGUGGCGGUUUGCUUUGUGCAACAAAACCCUAGGCAUCAUCAUCAUCGCUCUUCUUCUUCUUCCUCGCUCCCAACAAUGAAGCUCGUUAGGUUUUUGAUGAAGUUGAACAACGAGACCGUGUCGAUUGAGCUCAAGAACGGAACCGUUGUUCACGGCACCAUCACAGGUGUGGAUAUAAGUAUGAACACACAUUUGAAAACCGUAAAACUUACACUUAAGGGUAAGAAUCCAGUCACCCUGGAUCACCUUAGUGUGAGGGGUAACAACAUUCGAUACUAUAUCCUCCCCGACAGCUUGAAUCUGGAGACCUUGUUGGUGGAAGAGACGCCUAGGGUGAAGCCCAAGAAGCCAACAGCAGGGAAGCCUUUGGGACGUGGCAGAGGCCGUGGUCGCGGACGCGGUCGUGGCCGAGGCCGUUAGUCACAGGGUUGUCAUUGCAAUUUUUGGGACGGUUCUGUAAACCCUUAGUGUUGUUCAAGUUGGUAAUUUUUAAUGUCCUAGACUUUCUUGAAAUAUAAGUUCCUUUAUGACUCUAAAUUUUCUCACGUAAUAGAGUUUUCUAAUGCUUCCUAGUAUUACUUAGUUCUAUGUUUCAAAACUUAAGAAAUCCUGUACAAGUAUCUUAUCUAUGGGCUGUUAAGCAUUGGCUUGUAUUUUCUUCUGCCCCUAUUAAGGUAAGAUUUGAUUAUUGGUA